AUGAUCAAGUUCAAUGUCAGUGGCAAAGGUCUUGCCCAUGGACUGCGGAAGCAAGUAGAGCGUCUUGUGAUCGCCUUGCAGCCAGUGCCAAACGACCCUACGAGGGAUUUAGUCGACCAGGAACGCCGUCUGACCAAGAUCAGGAUACAAGUCUCCAACGGCAACCCGAUACUUGAUCAGAUCAAAAGCGAUGUCGCACGUAAACGUGAAGGCAAAUUCAACAACGGGAACGCGAUGCUCGAUCAGACCAAAAGCGAAGUCGGGCGUCAACGUGAUGGCAAAGACAGGGUUUCAGAAGAUUUGGAGGCGAUCCUCGAUCCGUUUGGGAACUUGCGCGGCGUACGCAACGUACAAAUCACUGGAGCUGUCACCAAAAGUUUCUCGGAAAGCCUUGCCACGAAAAUGAUGAGUACGGAAAUGGUCGAUGCGGCGAUCCUGGCUCGGAGUGCGUUUGACGUGGCAGCUAUGUGUUUACGGGAAUGA